UGAAACAGUCGAAGACGUGCAAGGCACGAUUACGGAAGGAAUAGCGGAUUGUUAAAGUAGAUAAAAAAUUCAAACAAUUACUUAAAUAAAUUAUAAAUAUAAAAUUAUAAAAAAGUAAAGUAAAGAAUAAUAUUAUUAUAUUUCUUUAAUAUUAAACAAAGAAGAAAUAAAAUGAAAUUUUACCAAGAAAAAAAGUGAAAUCUGAACAAAACCAAAUUAUUGUCACAAUAUUUUUAAAGUGUUAAAUUUUUAAGCAAAAUAUUUUUUUUAAUAAUAUUACGACAGCUAAAUUAAGUAAUUUACAUUAAAUAUUUAUAUAAAAUUUUAAAGAAAACCUGAUCGGCAAUAAGUGUUAAUAAAAAUACCAUAAAUAUAACUAAAUUAAAUCAAACGCGUUGGCAUAAGAUGAAAUAUUUGUGUUAUUACAUUAUAAAAAAAAUUUAACUGCAAAAUAUAUACUUUUUGUACAUUAAAAAAAUUAAAUAAACAACACAAAAAGAUUUAAAAAAAGUUAAUUUAACACUUUCAUUUUUAUUUUAAACCAACGAAUUUAAACAACAACAAGCAAAAGAUAAACUACAACAACAAUAAUAACCAACAUUUAAACUUGAUGUCUUGCUGUAAGCCAAAGUUGUUGGUUUUAAGUCUUUCUUUAGUUUACUUUUGGUUAAAUAACUAAAUCCGUUAAUAAAAAACAAAACAAAAACAAAACAAAAUCGAACAAAAAUUCAAUUUAAAAUUAAAAAAAAAAUCAAUUUUCAAACUGUUAACAAAAAAUUAAUCAAUUUAUUUAACUGUGUGUGUGUGUUUUUUUCAUCUUAUGUUUUUGUUCCUUUUUUCACUUCCGUUCAAUUUACAAAUAUUUUAAUCGCUCCAUUACAAAAGGCCCAUUUAAAAAUAUUUGCGAUUUACAACAGAUUGCUACGUUAAGUUAAAAACAAAAUCAUUCAAAAUGCGUUUAACGCUGUUUUUUAUAAGUUUUGGUCUGUUAGCAGCCAUAAUAGUCCAUGUGACGGCGUCGCCCGGCAACGAUGACGAUGAUUAUGAACCGCGACACUUGAUGAACGAUCAAUCGUCUUUUUUCCAGUCACAAUCGGACUCACCAUUUUCCAAACAACUAGUGGGACUUAGUACGAAACGAGCUGGUCGCAAUAAGGAUUGGAAACAAAAUAUAGACCCGAAAUCAAGAUCAGACUCUGCAGCUGAUUCGCUAGCGGAGGAUGACUCCGAAGAUGAAGAAGGUUCUACGGAAUACUAUGAUGAAGAAAGUGAUGAAAGUGAUAGCAGUGGUAGUAAUAGUGAAAGUGGUAGUAAUGAAUCCAUACCACGUUUAUUGUCACAAUCAGCAUUUCAUCGUAUCUCUGAAACACUGGGUGCUUUAAAUACUGUAGGUCAUAUGCUAGUCGAUACGAUGCGAGGUCAUGAUACUAAAUCUGAUACGACUGUAUCGACAACAACUACUAGCACAACAACAAUUCCUCCAGCUCAGGAUACCGGUGAAGGAUCUUCCAAGGUUUUAACUUUAUCACCAGAGGAGAAUUCUAUUACACAAGACGUUAGCUCGUCAGAUAUUCAAAUAGCCAAUAAAAGGAUUGGUCAAGAGGAGCCCAUAAGUAAACCCAUGUUUGUAGAGAAUAAAGAGAUUAAGAAAAGAAAGAAAAAGAAGAAGACCAACAAAAAUAAGGUGAAGAAACCAUCACAAGAUUUACAAGUUAACUCCACUAGCCUUAAUGCUCUACCCACCACUUUGCGUCCUUUGUCUACCACCAGCACUACUUUAGCUACUACCUCUAGACCUUACUCAGAUUCUGUAGCAUUAGCUACCGAUGAAUCUACCGCCAAAGAUGUAGAAAAUCGUUGUAAAACGCCCAGUGGUAGACCGGGACGUUGUGAGGAUUUAAGUAGCUGUCCGGCUUUAUUGUUAAAUCUCAGCAGUUUGCGAGAAUCUUUAUGUUUCAAAAGCCUUUUUGUACCGGGAGUAUGUUGUCCUUUGCCCGAUACUCCCACAGUAUUAACAACACAGAGACCACUUAAAUUAACAGCACGACCACCCACAACUGUAGCAACUACCACUCGAAGACCUACAAAUCGCCCCUCUUCACCUAGUUUGGUGCUAAAACCUCAUGGUAAACCUUCUACUACUACGACAACUACUACCACAGAAGUACCUUUAGAUCCCACCGACUUAGAACUUUUGGGCUCAAAUAGUAUUGUGGAUCCCGAAGAAUGUGGGCAACAAGAGUAUUCAACUGGUCGUAUUGUAGGUGGUGUAGAGUCACCUAAUGGUCAAUGGCCCUGGAUGGCAGCAAUUUUCUUGCAUGGCCCUAAGCGCACAGAGUUUUGGUGUGGUGGAUCUUUAAUUGGUUCUAAAUAUAUUUUGACAGCUGCUCAUUGUACUCGAGAUUCGAGACAAAAACCAUUUGCUGCCCGUCAAUUUACCGUACGUUUGGGAGAUAUUGAUCUCUCCACCGAUGCUGAACCAUCAGCACCCGUAACAUUUGCCGUCAAGGAGGUGCGGGCUCACGAAAGAUUUUCACGUAUUGGUUUCUAUAACGACAUUGCCAUAUUGGUAUUAGAUAAACCAGUGCGUAAGUCCAAAUAUGUUAUACCAGUAUGUUUACCCAGAGUAGGACGUAUGCCACCAAAAGAACGUUUGCCCGGCAGAAGAGCAACCGUGGUGGGUUGGGGUACAACAUAUUACGGUGGCAAGGAAUCAACCUCACAGAGACAAGCUGAACUACCGAUUUGGCGCAAUGAAGAUUGUGAUCGUUCUUAUUUCCAACCUAUAAAUGAGAACUUUUUGUGUGCCGGUUACUCGGAUGGUGGUGUGGAUGCUUGUCAGGGUGAUUCUGGCGGUCCUCUUAUGAUGCGCUACGACUCACGUUGGCUUCAAUUGGGUGUAGUUUCGUUUGGUAAUAAAUGCGGUGAACCUGGAUAUCCUGGUGUCUAUACUAGAGUCAGUGAAUAUUUGGAUUGGAUUCGUGAUCAUACAAAGGACUAGUAACAAAUCAUUAGUAUUACAUAGAAAUAUGAUCAAAAAGAUGUGUUCUUUGUGUAUUUGUUUUAGAAAUAAUAACUAGUCUUAUGCGUUUUAUAUUUUUUUAUUGUUUAAACAUUAAAAUCUUGUUGAAUUUUAUGUAAUUUAUUAACAAAUACGAAUGUAUACUAUUUGUUUACUGUUAUGUCCUUAUCCAUAUUAGUGUUAAGUUAUUUAAUUAUAUGAUAAUUUAUUUAAUUUAACAAAACAACAAAUAUGAAUAAAAUGUAUAUGAAUAUUAUUAUAUUUUUAUUAUAAAAA